GCUGCACUCGAACGCACCACUACAGCAGACAUAGGAUUACCGUGAAAGCAACAAGCUUGACCGGACAAAACGCCCACCGCUGCAGCGGCGUCCUCUAAGCUCCGGAGGGAACAGCAGGAACCCGAAGCCCUUUUUCCAGCGCUAAGACGGAUGCUCGACUGCGUAUGUCCCGUUGUCCGAGGAAGAGAGAAUAAAGUCGGUGUUCUCUGGAGCGACCUACAGCUAAGAAGAUGUCGAUGGCUUAUAAAGAUGACGAGGAAGACUGGUUGACAGUUUGCCUCAAGUACCUGCUCUUUCUGUUUAACUUUCUUUUUUGGGUGGGUGGAGCUGCAGUCUUGGGUGUAGGAGUGUGGACCCUGGUGGAGAAAAGUGACUACCUUAGUCUGUUGGCCUCCAGCACUUUUGCUGUUUCAGCGUAUAUCUUGAUCCUGGCUGGCGGCCUAGUGGUUGUUACUGGCUUCUUGGGCUGCUGCGCUGUUAUCCGGGAACAGAGAAGCUGCCUUUCCACGUAUUUCUUCUUCCUGCUGUUAAUAUUCUUGAUUGAGUUGGUGGCUGGCGUGCUGGCUUAUGUUUACUACCAGAGGCUGAGUGAUGAACUGAAGGAGCACCUCAACCAAACAAUGACUGAGAAUUAUGCUCAGCCAGGGAAGGAGACGAUCACAUCCGCAGUGGACAGACUGCAACAAGACUUCAAGUGCUGUGGCAGCAACAACUCUCAGGAUUGGACGCUGAGUGUGUACAUUAGGUCAGAGCGGUCGGGGGGCAGGGUGGUGCCCGACAGCUGCUGUAAAACCAUUACGGCCGACUGUGGCAGGAGGGACCAUCCGUCCAACAUCUAUAAAGUGGAGGGUGGUUGCAUCACUAAGCUGGAGCAGUUCCUUGCAGACCAUCUCUUGGUUAUUGGAGCGGUGGGAAUUGGUGUGGCUUGUCUUCAGCUCGCCGGGGCACUCUUGACAGCCUGCUUUAUCUAUCUGCUCUAUAAGGAAGAGGAAGAGGACUUUGGUGCAUUGUAAUUUGGCUCUAGAGCUCCGUGGUGCUUUUAAUCAAAUGGAUAGACAAGGUUGGAAGGUGCUGUGUGGAUAUUCGCCUGCAUGUUUGCCCUUGUUGGCAUGCAUGCUCUGUGCCAGAUAGAAAAUCUGCAGUCUGCAUGCACACAGAAUGGCAUCCAUUUUGUUGAUUUUUUUUUUUUUAUAUAUAUUUUUGUCUUUGUGCUGUUUAAAGCAUGCAUCUGCAUGGCUUUAUACGAAAAUACGCUGCUAAUACAUGUUGUUGUAAUGGGGAGUCAUGGAAAAAAAAAAAGGCUGCCAGUAAAUGCCUUAGUUAGAACUGUGUAUUCCCAUAGUUAAUGGGAAGUAGUUUGUCUGUUUUCACACAGCUCAAUGCUUUAAAAUGCCUUUGUUGUCAGAAAGGGGAAAGCUACAGUAAAUGAAUUGAAGCAAA